AUACAGAUGUACUUACAUGACUUAUAUAAUUAUAAUAUUUACAACGGUCGUUAGUCCUGGUUUCCAUACUGCCUCAGUGUCAUAGCGAUAAGUACACAUCCGUACAAACCUCUCAAGUCCCCGCAUCAUGUGCCUGAACAUGAUUCAGAGCUCUGAACAGCCUUGACAGAGAGGGACAAAUUGUCAGCGAACACCAGAGGGUGAAACCUGUCGAUCUCAGAAGAACAGUAAAAACACAGAAAAACAGAAAGGUCGUGACCUGAGAGCCCGGAUGUGAAUAACUAUUUUUGCGCGGGACUCCCUUCCUGUCAUAUCGAGCGGUUUUGUUUCAUUCUGUUGGGGGACUUUCGUGUUUGCAGGACGUUCACCUCAAUCUGAGUAAAUAUACUUGUGCAUAAAAACGUGAAAAAUUGCAGAUUAACUUGAAAGUUUGAAAAUGAGAUUCAAAACCCGAGGACCAAGGAGAGGGACUCUCCGAGGGAAAAAUCGCAUGUGAAUUUUGUUACUUCAAAGGACAAACGAGGUAAUAGAAUACUUCUUAAUUUUAUUCGAAAACAAGUUCCAUUGAGCGUUCAAGAGGUCCUUUCUUGACUGUCAGUGAAUAAAAUCGAAAAUGAUCCAAAACAUAACGGAAAGCGAGCUGGUUCAGGAAUGGCGGGAGUUCAUGGCGCAGAAGAGCCUUCCACAUGUGUCACUCUUGUUGAUCUUCCUAAUAGUAGGAAUUGUGGGGAACUCCACUGUGAUAUAUGUGUACGUUUUCAAAAUGAGGCGAUGUCGCGAGGACAGAUUCUUUAUUCCCGCCUUGGCGGUCGCCGACCUACUGGCGACCAUUGUGACGUGUUUGUACCACAGCAUCAAGACUCUUGUUGUCAAGAGCGUCCAAUCUGACAUACUCUGCAAAGUUCCAUUGUUUUUCAUGUGGAGCACUUCAACCGCUUCCGCAAUGUUGUUACUGAUGAUUGCAAUUCACCGUUUCAUAAAAGUGCGCCAACAACCCGGAGAUAAACUGAGUUCUAAACUGAAAAAAGGCGCGAUUAUUUUGACUGUCAUAGUCUCAGUUGCUAUAAAUAUCCCCAUCCUGUAUUUCGCGGGGAUAGGAAACUUCAAGACGCCAUACAAUGGCUAUAACAUUACUGUCAGUGCCUGUUUCACAGGAAACUCUGAUCACAAAGCUAUGGAGCAGGCGUACUUGAUUUUUGUCUUUCUGGUCGCAGUUGGCAACAUCAUUGCCACCACGGGUCUAUACAUACCCAUCGGCUGCGUCAUAUACAAACUCUCCAAACAAAACAAGGGCAUGGCGCGUGCAAGGUCUCGGAGCCGGGCGUUUUCGUUCGUGGGUGAGACUCAAAGCAGCAUCAGUGACAACAGUGACAAGGAAAAGAAAUUCCCCACCCUGAGCGAACUCGAUAAAGUCAGACUAAACCGCCAAGAAUCUCGGACACGGAACCGCACCAACUUCAACAUGAUGUUCGCCAUUUUGGUUCUGUUUUACGCCGUGUCCUACUUCCCGUCUUUCAUUUUCGUUUUCCUCAGCCGAGGAGAUCCGAACUACUACAAUCGACUCUCUCCAGUCCAAUCCAAUAUCUACAUAACUCUGCAGAGACUUUUCAUUGUCAAUCACAUUGUGAACCCGCUGGUAUACGGGUAUUUUGAUCUCAAAUUCAGAAACAAGCUAGCCGACAUUUGCUGCUUCAAAAAACUCAGGAAAUACUGACGUUUUUACAUGGCUUCAUAUUUUUAUCAUUAAUUUAUCUGAUCGAUGUAUAACUUCAUGUUUCAGAUGCUUAUUUAUUUUAAAUUAAAAUUUUAUCGUUGAAUAAAAUUAUGACAAAACACA